GAGCAAAAGGCACAACAGAGAUAGCUUCUCCCGUCCCUUCACCCAAACACUCGAAGAAAACUCGAAACCCCAAACCCCAAAACAAAGCACCCCUCUUCUCCCAGAACACCAGGCAGCGACUCAUCCAUGUCUCGAUUUAGCGCUACGAAGCUCUGACCUUUGAUUUUCUUUGUUUUUCAAAAUCUGGGUUUUGGGUUUCGAACUGUGAUUUCAAUGGAGAAGGAGCUGGGAUUAGAUGGUUUGGGAGGUUUAGCUCUCCACACGAUUUUAUCAAAACUAACUCCUCCAGAUACUGCUAGAGUUUCAUGUGUUAGCAAAAGGCUCAGAGUUUCAGCUUCUGAAGAUUCGCUUUGGGCUCAAUUUUGUUCCCAAGAGCUUCAUCUUUCAUCCCCUCAAGAUCAUCACGGAAACGCUCUCCCUUCGUUUAAGGUGGCUUAUCAGUUAUGGCGAGAGGCUUUCUCGAUGUAUCCAUGGCCGCUUGUUAUGCGUGUUAAAAGAUGUUGGGAUAAGCUUAAGCAAUGGUUGAGAAUUAAUUUUCCUGAGGCUGAAGCUACACUUAGAAGGGGUGCAUCAGAAUCCGAUAUCAAACAAUUGCAGACACUUUUGAAAGUAAAACUGCCGCUUCCCACUCGACUUCUAUAUCGUUUUCAUGACGGUCAAGAACUGAGAGACAAAGAGCACUUGAGGACAACACAUGGUAGCACAUUAGGAAUUAUAGGUGGCUACUCUUUCCAUAACAAUUCGGUUAAUGUUUUCUUGUUGCCGAUAAGUCAGGUUAUUGUUGAAACAAGAGGCUUCAUACGUCACUUAGGUUUUUCAAGCCGGUCCAAGUACAUCGUCGUGGCUGCUUCUUCCACUGUUAGUGAGAAAUUGUUUUUCUUGAACUCUACUAAUGGCCAACUUUAUGUUGGUACUCGAAACCUUCCUAUAGAUGGGGAAAUGAUUCAAUGUGUCCCCAAUGCACUUAUCCGUUCUGUGCACAAUUUGCGUGAUUAUCAGCAGCAAGAUGCCAUGCUGUUAUGGUUAGAGGAACACGGACGCCGUUUAGAGAACAGAAUAAUUAAAGUCCGCAAAGAAGGAGGUGUUCGAAGUAUCAAUCUUUUUCCCGAGGUUCCUCCCCUAUGUUCCACCGCUGUAACAAAUGGUGUGCAGGUUCGUGCUUCAGCUGUUUUUGUUCCGGAAUUUACUGACCUGAAAGGUGAAGCCGAGAAGUACACGUUUGCUUAUUCAAUCCGCAUGUCGCUAUUGCCCGAAGGGUGCAUCAUUAAUGGAAUGACCUUUGGCUCCUGCCAACUGAGUCGGAGGCACUGGAUUAUUCGUGCCAAUGAAAAUAUUGUAUCCAAUGUUAACGGAGAAGCUGUGAUUGGAAAGUUCCCGCUGUUGCAUCCAGGUGAAGAUGAAUUCGUUUACGAGAGCUGUACUCCUUUAUCAUGUUAUUCGGGUUCUGUUGAAGGGUCUUUCACAUUUGUCCCUGGCAGGUUGGCUGAUCCGAAAGGCGGUCCGUUCGAAGUUCAAGUGGCAAGGUUCCCACUUCAGAAGCCGGAUUAUGUUUUUUGACAAAAACUUCCGCUUUGUUUUCACAUGCAUUAUCUGUUAUCGUUACAUAUUUAUGAGUGUGUGUGUGUGCUCUUUAUGACAUUGUGAGAUUGCUCUUGUAUGUUUAUGGUGAAUGGUGAUUAGUGAAUGGUUUGUAUCU